UGGUGAGCCCGGGCGGAGCGGCGCGGCACCGGGCGCCAUGGGGAAGCUACACCGUCGGUACAACGUCAAGGGGCGCCAGCAGGCGGCCCCCGGCCCCGCGAAGGGCCCCCCGGAGCCGCCCCCCGUGCUGCUGGAGCUAGAGGACAGGGACACCUUGAAAGGCGUCGAUGCCAGCAAUGCCCUCGUCCUGCCCGGGAAAAAGAAAAAGAAGACCAAGGCCCCGCCACUGCCGAGGAAGAAGAAGCCUCUGACCAAGAAAGAGCGGAAAGUGCUGCAGAGAAUCUUGGAGCAGAAGGAGAAGAAGGGCCAGCGCGCACAGAUGCUGCAGAAACUGAGUGAGGUCCAGGUGUCGGAAGCGGAGCUGAGACUCUACUACACCACGUCCAAGCUGGGCACUGGGGACCGCAUGUACCACGCCAGAACGAAGGCUGACGAGGUCACGGCCCAGGGUCAGGAGAAGAUCAGCAGCCUCAGCGGGGCCCGCCGGAAGCGCCGUCUCCAGGAAUCAGAAGAAGAGUCUGAGUCCUCAGUGGAGUCUGAACCCGACGAGGCUGAGGCUGCCGAGCAGGCGGAGGCCCCUACAGAGAUGGUGGCGCUGCGGCUGCCACCCGCUCCGCCAGGGGGCGCAGGGGAGAGCCCGGUGCCCAGGGGUCCGCCCGCGCCUGCCGGGACUCCUGCCGGGACUCCAGCUGCGGCCUCCUCCCUGCCCAGGCCCCCCGCGAAGCCCGCCGUCUUCAUCCCCGUGAACCGCUCCCCGGAAAUGCAGAAAGAACGCCUGAAGCUUCCGAUUCUGUCCGAAGAACAAGUGAUCAUGGAGGCAGUGGCCGAGCACCCCAUCGUCAUUGUGUGUGGCGAGACGGGCAGCGGGAAGACCACGCAGGUGCCCCAGUUUCUCUACGAAGCAGGCUACAGCAGCGAUGACAGCAUCAUCGGCGUCACGGAGCCCCGCCGAGUGGCCGCUGUGGCCAUGUCCCAGCGGGUGGCCAAGGAAAUGAACCUGUCGCAGCGGGUCGUCUCCUAUCAGAUCCGAUACGAAGGGAAUGUGACCGAGGAGACCAGAAUCAAGUUCAUGACCGACGGCGUGCUGCUCAAGGAGAUCCAGAAGGACUUCCUGCUGCUGAAAUACAAGGUGGUGAUCAUCGACGAGGCCCAUGAGCGCAGCGUGUACACGGACAUCCUCGUCGGCCUCCUGUCCCGCAUCGUGUCUCUCCGGGCGAAGAAGCUCCUGCCGCUGAAACUAAUCAUCAUGUCGGCCACGCUGCGGGUGGAGGACUUCACCCAGAACCAGCGGCUCUUCCCAGAGCCUCCUCCCGUCAUCAAGGUGGAGUCGCGGCAGUUCCCGGUGACAGUGCAUUUUAACAAGCGGACGCCGCUGGAGGACUACAGUGGCGAGUGCUUCCGGAAGGUGUGCAAGAUUCACCGUAUGCUGCCCGCAGGGGGCAUCCUGGUGUUCUUGACGGGGCAGGCUGAGGUGCACGCGCUGUGCCGCAGGCUGCGGAGGGCCUUCCCGCACGUCGGACGCAGGCCGCCAGCACAGGAAGGCCAGGAAGACUCGGUGGAAAAGACAAGGAAGUUUAAGAAGUCGCGGGCGAGAGCGAGGAAGGCCCAGGCGGCGACGCUGCCCCCGGUCAGCUUGGACAACUACUCAGUGCUGCCGGCGGGCGGAGGCGACGAGGACAGGGAGGCGGAGAUGGACGAGGAGGAGGAGGCCCUGGGCUCCGACCUGGACCUGGACCUGGGGGACGAUGGCGGCGACGCAGGUGAGCAGCCGGACGCCUCCCACCCUCUGCACGUGCUGCCGCUCUACUCCCUGCUGGCCCCGGAGAGGCAAGCGCAGGUCUUCCAACCUCCCCCUAAGGGGACUCGGCUGUGUGUCGUGGCCACCAAUGUGGCCGAGACGUCCCUCACCAUCCCGGGCAUCAAGUACGUGGUGGACUGUGGGAAGGUCAAGAAGCGGCAUUACGACCGAGUGACCGGUGUGUCCUCCUUUCGCAUCACCUGGGUCUCCCAGGCCUCUGCGGAUCAGCGGGCAGGCCGUGCAGGCCGGACGGAGCCCGGCCACUGCUACAGGCUGUACUCGUCCGCGGUGUUCAGCGACUUCGAGCCAUUCCCCCCGGCCGAGAUCACGCGGAGGCCGGUCGAAGACCUGGUCCUUCAGAUGAAAGCCCUCAGCAUCGACAAGGUCGUCAACUUCCCCUUUCCCACCCCACCCUCCGUGGAGGCCCUCCUGGCGGCCGAGGAGCUGUUAAUUGCGCUGGGCGCCCUGCAGGCGCCCCAGAGAACGGAAAGGAUGAAGCAGCUGCAGAGGUCUCGGCUGAGCUGCCCCAUCACCGCGCUGGGCCGGACCAUGGCCACGUUCCCCGUGGCGCCCCGCUUUGCCAAGAUGCUGGCGCUGAGCCGGCAGCACGGCUGCCUGCCCUACGCCAUCACCAUCGUGGCCGCCAUGACCGUGCGGGAGCUGUUCGAGGAGCUGGACAGACCGGCCGCCAGUGACCAGGAGCUCGCCGUGCUGAGGGGCAAGAGGGCCAGGGUAGCCCAGAUGAAGAGGAGGUGGGCCGGACAGGGGGCUUCCCUGAAACUCGGAGACCUCAUGGUUCUGCUGGGCGCUGUGGGAGCCUGCGAGUACGCGGGCUGCUCGCCGCAGUUCUGCGAGGCCAACGGGCUGCGGUACAAGGCCAUGCUGGAGAUCCGGCGUCUGCGGGGCCAGCUGACCACCACAGUCAACACUGUGUGCCCCGAAGCUGGGCUCUUCGUGGACCCCAAGAUGGAGCCACCUUCCGAGAGCCAGGUGACUUACCUGCGGCAGAUCGUGACGGCCGGCCUGGGCGACCACCUGGCUCGCAGGGUCCAGAGUGAGGACCUGCUGGACGACAAAUGGAGGAACGCCUACAAGACCCCUCUCCUUGAUGACCCCGUCUUCAUCCACCCCAGUUCCGUCCUUUUCAAGGAGCUCCCCGACUUUGUGGUCUACCAGGAAAUUGUGGAGACCACCAAGAUGUACAUGAAAGGCGUCUCCGCCGUGGAGGUCUCCUGGGUCCCGGUCCUGCUGCCGGCCUACUGCCAGUUCGACCAGCCCCUGGAGGAGCCGCCCCCGGCCUACUGCCCCGAGAAGGGACGGGUGCUCUGUCAUCGGACCAGCACCUUCUAUCGCGUCGGCUGGCCCCUCCCUGCGGUCCAGGUGGACUUUCCGGGGGGCCUGGACUGCUACAAGCACUUUGCCCGGUUUCUGCUGGAAGGGCAGGUCUUCCCCAAGCUGGCCUCGCACCGGCGCUGUUUGCUGUCCAGCCCCAGCACGAUGCUGAAGACGUGGGCCAGGCUGCAGCCCAGGACAGAGAGUCUUCUGAGAGCCCUUGUUGCCAAGAAGGCCGACUGCCGAGAUGCCUUGCUGGCUGCGUGGAGGAAAAACCCCAAAUACCUGCUGGCUGAGUACUGUGAGUGGCUCCCGCAGGCCACGCACGCCGACGUCGAGAAAGCCUGGCCCCCGACCUCUGACCGCUGACCCGAUGGCUCGCCGCAGGCUGAGCCCUGGCGUGGGGAGCGAGGGGAUGGCAGCAGCCCGUUUCCGGCAUGGCCGCUCUGGCCCCGGGAAGCCCGCAUCCAUCUCAGCCCGAUUCUCCUGGGGCUGACUUUCUAGAACUGUUUGUCACAUGGCGGAUAAUGGUUUAUUUCAU